AUGGAGCUGACCGAGGUAGAGCCCACGCCGUACCUUGUUAGCCGCUUCUACCGGGCACCGGAGAUCGUCUUGGCGGCGAAGUACUCCUUUCCUCUGGACGUUUUCGCCAUGGGCUGCACGCUCUUCGAGCUCUUCACCGGGAAGAUCCUCUUCCCUGGGAAGACCAACAACGACAUGCUGAGGUUGUUCAUGGAAGUGAAGGGCAAGUUGCCGAACAAGCUCAUCAAGAGCGGCACCGUGUGGAAGAACCACUUCGAUGACAACAUGGACUUUAAGUUCUUCGAUGUCAACAAGGCCACUCGAAAGAAGAUCACCCGCACCAUCACGGACCUGUCCGCCAAGCGGACCACGAUUCUCCCGACGAUUGCGGAAGACGAGGACAGCCGAGCCAAUUUCUCACCAGGUGAUCUCGACUCUUCGGAGGAGGAUCGGCUCAGGGAGCCAGGCGACACCCAUGUGGUCGCGGAGCAAAAUUGGAUCCACUCGGCGGCAAAUUUGCACGCCGGGGACAUCGAAUCCCUAGGGAGCGAAAUCACCUGGGACCGGGGAACCUGCGGCGAAUGA